GUAACCACCCACCUACCCACCCUUUCAAAUCCCGUUAAAGAUUCCCAAGACCUCCAAGUUACAUUAACGUUAUAGAAAUCCAGAUCGACUUUUUCUUCUCUUCCAUUCCAUUCUGUGCAAUCAAUUGCUCCAAAACUACAUCGUUAAUUCUAUUCACGUAUUGACACACCUCACUCCUACAUCCAAGUUACAAUCGCAUCGUCCGAGCUUCAAUUUUCAUUCCCAUCCCAUAUUUUCUUCCAGACUUUCUCGGUGUGGAGGAAGGAUCCACUUUAUCAACCUAUCUAUCUAUCUGUCUAUCUGUCUAUCAAUCCAUCAUUUUUUUAUCUAUGACUCCUUCAUGUGAAUGAUUCAGAGAAUGAUUUUUUUUCUCUCCCGGAGGAUUCCAAUUUUUACAUAGUUUUUCCAUAUAAAACCAGGACUCUGUUAAACCGCUGGCUGUAUUUCAAAAUAUUAUAUCAAGCUCGUCAUAUCAUAUUAUACCAUACCGUAUAUCAAAUCUCUAAUUGGAGUCGCAAUCCAAAAUGGCGAGUCCCAAUCCCAAUUCCAAUCCUAUAAAUACAGAAACCUCCAUCGAAGACUCCUACACCACCUAUCCCACCUAUCCAUACAUCCCAUCCGGUCCAACACACAACUCCAAUCCCGACAAAGAAAUCUGCAUCUCACCCCAUCAUCCCGAUCUCUCAGAUCCCGACCUGACAACUGGCUCCGAGGAAAAAGAUGGAGUAUUUGAAGAAACACUAGCGCGGAGAACUCGAACCAAUGGAACGCAAGUGACAACCGCGAGCUGGAGAGCUCUGGGGCCGCCGCCAGAUGGAGGAAUGAAAGCUUGGGUGCAAGUUAUCCUCAGUCAUCUUGUCAUCAUGAACACAUGGGGUUUCAUAAACUCCUUCGGCGUCUUCCAAACCUACUACGUCACCACCCUCAAACGCCCGGCCUCCGAUAUCUCUUGGAUCGGCUCCAUGCAAAUCUUCCUCCUCUUUUUCGUCGGUACCUUCACUGGUCGUCUUACCGACGCGGGAUAUUUCCGCUCCGUAUUCCUCAUCGGCACUAUAAUCGGUCUCCUUGGAAUUUUCAUGACCUCCAUCUCCACGACGUAUUGGCAAGUAUUUCUGGCGCAGGGAAUCUGUAUGGGUCUCGGUAACGGUUGUUUAUUUUGUCCUGCUCUUGCAACUCUCAGUACGUAUUUUAGUACCAAGAAGAGUUUGGUGAUAGGGAUUGCGGCUGCGGGAAGUGCAACAGGUGGUGUGAUUUUUCCAAUCAUGGUGCAACAGUUGUUGCCCAAAAUUGGAUAUGGGUGGACGAUGAGAUCGCUGGGUCUUAUUCAAUUAGUGUGUCUUGGAGUUUGUAAUAUUGGGAUUAAGCAGAGAGUUCCCGCGAGGAAGAGCGGUGCUCUGAUAGACUAUCCUUCAUUCAAAGACGCUCCAUAUGUGCUAUUCGCAAUUGGAAUGUUCUUCAACUUUUGGGGCUUGUAUUUUGGCUUCUAUUACCUUGGAGCGUACGCGAGAUCAAUCAUCGGAUUGCCACUUGCAGAAUCGAUCAAUAUAAUAAUCAUCCUCAAUGCUGUAGGAGUAGUAGGUCGCGUCCUGCCAAAUCACCUCGCAGAUCGAGUAUUUGGACCCCUGAAUACACUCAUUCCAAUAGCAGUCAUAGACAGCCUUCUUUGCUUUUGCUGGAUUGCCGUAUCAUCAAGAGGUGGUUUAUAUGCAUGGGCGGUCAUGUAUGGAAUCUUUGCAGCAGGUAUUCAAGGACUCUUUCCAGCCACUCUGAGUAGUCUCACCACGGAUUUGAGGAAAGCCGGCGUUAGGAUGGGAAUGGUAUUCACCGUUGUAAGUUUUGCUGUCUUGACAGGUCCUCCUAUCGGAGGAGUCUUAAUUCAAAAGAAAAACGGGGGAUACGAAUACGCGCAAAUCUUUGCCGCUGUUGACUUGCUCGUCGGGACUGCUUUCCUGAUAAUGGCAAGGUUAGCUAAAUCCAAGAAGUUGUUUACUAAGAUGUGAGAAGGGUUGAGGUCCAAGCUACCCUGAUUUUAUGAUUGCGGCUAUUAGUCUGUCUCAUUGUACCAUUAGAUUAGAUAAAUACGAGUACCGGGGCGUUUGUUGUCGGAUGUUUCCGGUAGUUUAAUGAUACCCGCGCUGCGCUCGUUGAACAC